AUGCCGCCAAGAGUGAGAGGCAAAGGAAAAGGUCCAAUGCGAGGUGGACCGUCAGGACACGCAGGACCUUCCCAUCGGCGUACCCCGUCUGCGUCGUUUUCGAGUUCAGAUUCCCGUGACCAUUGGGGUCAUUCUUUCGAACCAGCGAGACACUCUGUCUCUUUGAGCUCAUCAUCUUCUUUUCAUCCAUCAUUCGUGCCACCUGUUCCAGACGAGCCCCAUCAUUCGAAACACUCCCAUGACUCUCGUCAUUCGCAUGACUCCCACCAUUCCCAUCAAUCUUACCAUUCUUUGCAUUCUCAUUCCUUUCAUCAUUCGGAUUCUACCUACUCUCCAGCCCAGUUUAAUCCCAAUGACUACGUCAACGACUUUUUGGGUUACAACCCUUUGGGACCCGAGGAUCACUUUCCUCAGGACAUGGCGAUGGACGACGACCCGGACCCUGAAAUGCAAACCGGAACGCCGGGCCACCCUAUUAGCAUCUCGAGCGGUUCUCUAUAUCAAGGAUCGCCGUACCAAGGGCCUGAUUCAUUUAAAGAAUGGUGGUCAAUGUAUGAAUGGGAAUUCACCCCUUCAUAUCACAACUCCCCGGCUCAACCUCCUUUGAAUGAGCCUUACCUUCAAGCUGUCACUCCCCCACCUCUUCCUGUUGAGGAGCCGCCUCAACAGCCACCACAGCCACCUCCCGAGCCGCUUAGGCGAAGGAGGAAUUCACGAAUAUCCGUGCGAGGAGGACCUCGGUUGAGUUCUCCUCAAGGUUCAAGUUCUUACCCUCCUAUCCCCGAGGACCCACAAAUGGGUGGACCCUCGCACGAGGUGCCGGAAGACGAACCUCCGCCGGUUUCUUACGCACCACCGCCACCGCCAGUGGGUUUUGAUAACCCAAUACCAACAUACCCAGGUUCAUCUGGGUAUAAUCCAUCUGGACACCCAACGGAUUAUGGAACCCAUGAUCCAUAUCUUACUGCUGCACAGUAUAAUGCACUUUAUCCUUCUUCUUACCCUCCAGUUUACCCAACUGGAUAUCCGGUGCAGGGGUAUCAAUACCCACCAUAUCAGCAACCUCCCCCUCCUCAACAGGAGCAACCCCAAGAAAUACUACAGAGGUUAGACAGGGUUGAGCGUGAAACAGAUUUUACCAAAAAGAAGCAUAACAGCUUUCUUAAGGGCCUUGCAAGCCUCAUCAAAGGCAAAAAGAAAUAG